ACGAACGCCGAAGAAGCAUCCUUCAGACGCAACGAAUCGCAUAAAAGUUAUGUCUGAAAAUGUUGUGGCUACAAUGGAGGGGGUUUCCCUACCCAAGGGGUGGGAGGGAGACAGAGAUUUGGGACUGAGCUUAGGAAGCGCAUUGAAGAUGAAGGAAGCGGAAUCCUCAACGAAUUGCAGCAGCAAGCAGUAUAAUCAACCGACUUCUGAAGAAAACAAGUUCGGGCUAGACGAAGAGGCUGGAAGCGACUGUACGACGGAGGAGGGUUCACAGCACAUUCCUUCCUCUUUGGCGAAAGAAAUCGGAAGCGGGAUAAGCCAGAUCUGCGCAGAGACAAUCAUCAACAACAACAAUGGUGCUGUCGGAGAGGUGUGGCAGAGAAAGAGGGCGGGAAAACUGUCGACAUCGCGGUACAAGGGCGUGGUUCCGCAGCCAAAGGGAAGGUGGGGCGCGCAGAUCUACGAGAAACACCGGCGGGUCUGGCUCGGCACAUUCAACACAGAACAGGAAGCCGCGCAGUCUUACGACACAGCGGCCCUAAAGUUCCGGGGGCAUAAGGCCAUCACAAACUUCGCCCCGCUAGACGAUACCCACCCAGAGGCCAUCUUUCUCAGCCGCCAUUCCAAAGCAGAGAUCGUCGACAUGCUGAGAAAACACACCUACCGUGAAGAACUCCAGCAGUCCUACACAAACAACAUUGCAGAGGGCAACCCAUCUUCAAAUGGCAACAACGGGCAGUUUGCCCUAGAAAACGAAAGGGCUAGUUUUCCGAGGGAGCACCUGUUCGAUAAAACCGUGACGCCCAGUGAUGUGGGGAAGCUGAACAGGCUUGUGAUUCCAAAGCACCAUGCUCAGAGAUGCUUUCCCAUUGACGCGGCCUUCACCGAGAAGGGAUUGAUGCUUAAUUUCGAAGACUCCAUUGGCAAAACAUGGCGGUUUAGGUAUUCAUACUGGAACAGCAGCCAAAGCUAUGUGCUCACUAAGGGCUGGAGUCGUUACGUCAAGGACAAGUACCUCCGGGCAGGCGAUAUCGUUACCUUCGAACGCAGUACCGGUGGCUGUCGGCAGCUCUUCGUCGGCUUCCGCCGUAGGCCCUGCAAUUUCCUUCCACAAAAACCAACUUCAGCACCCAGUUUUCUCAGUCCUGAAUUCUUACCCGGGUACAGCGGGUGGACCCAUCAUGGGUUCCUACCCUUUGAGCAUAACAGAUCUCUAAUCUCCAACGAAUAUAUCCCGUGGUCAGACUUAGCCCCACUCAAUUUUCCAUCUGGUUGUCACUUCUACAGUCCUAUGGAUUCGUUGUCACUUAACAGGAAAUCAAGUGUUCUAGAGUAUUCAAAUCCGCCGGCUAAAACCUUCACUUCGUCUACUUGUCCCGAUUCUUCAAACGUUACUGUAUUUGGAGUAAAUUUGAGCACGCUUUCUUCAUCCACAUUGAAUCUUUUCCCCUCGACUACAGCUGAUAAGGAUGAGCCAAAUGAUAUCGAUGUGGCCGAACAGUGAAGUUUGAAAGAGGAAUUAGGGUUUCACGGGUGAAAAAGAAACAGUGCCGGAAAAGUCUGUAAGUAUCCUUUUUGAAAUGGGCCUUGUAUUAAUAGAUUGUAUAGUUAGAUAGGGGAUUGUGAAUGAAUGGUUCUCCAUGUACGAUUUGUUUGCUCCAUGGUUGACAGAAAUUUGAGUAACAGUGACUCAAAAUAUUCGCUUUGGAAAAGCUCCCCCUUUUUUAAUUUGAACACCUUACUUUUUUACAUCACUAGGGCGCGUGUAUUGCUUUGUUUUGUUCGGCUAGGUCACUUCAGAUCCGCAGACUACUGAUUUUUUCUGUAUACCGAACUGCUACAUUUAACGUUACGUGUCAAU